UAGCCACGCCUACUGUCAUGGCGGGAGUUGGAGAGAUUGGUGUGCAUUCUUUUAUGGAGACUAUUGAAGAGGAGAGAGUUCAUUUUCAUGUUUUGAGACUAAAGGACAGUUUUAUUUUGUGGAUUGGGACAGAGCUGAAUAUGAAAUCACUCUCAGUUGCAAUGAAAAGCAGAACAAGUGAUGAAGUAAUCUCAAGUCAGUUAUUAGGACCAACUAAUGACAUUGCUUCAACGGCAAUGGCACAAAGGCUGGCAAGGAAGACUGGUUGUCAGUGUUUUGUUAGUGUAUCACUGACUAAUCAGACAUUAAUACAAGGAGCAGAAGCAGCUCUACUUGCUGAACUAGAGUCAAAUCAAUCAUUGUUCUAUAUAUCGUGACAAAAACUGUGUUGCUUUGUCAUUUGAUCAAUUUCAAAAUUAAAACUGUCAUAAUAUUAAUGUACAGUAGAAUGAUGACUUCCAAUUGCUUAAUUGUUGCAUUUUCAUCAAUAAUAAUAAUAAUAAUAAUAAUACAGUAGAAUCAUAUCCAGUUUUAGUACAUAAUUGAUAAAGAGUA